CCUCCAGGAAGAGGCGGAGUCGAGGUGAGAGAGUGAAAAGCUUAAUUCAGGAAUGGAUUUUGGAGUUUUUGGGCGCUGAAGAAAUACGGGGCCUUCCACCCGAGGGCCGCAGGAGUCGAGCCCUUGGGGCCCCGCCAGGCCCGGGACCUACCGCUGAAUAAAUCCGGUCUAGGGUGCGGCGACUCACUGGCUUCAUGGGGUCGCAGCAGCCGCCGGGGUCUCCGCUGUCUCGCGAGGAGGGUGAAGCGCCCCCGCCCGCUCCGGCUCUUGAGGGCCGGCGGAGAAGUCGCCGGGUUCGCCUUCGUGGGUCCUGCCGUCACCGACCCAGCUUUCUGGGCCGCCGGGAGCUUGCCACGAGCGCCCCAGCCGGGCCUGCACCGGCAUCCUCCGAGAUAAUGGCAUCAGCCGCUAAGGAAUUUAAAAUGGACAACUUUUCACCUAAAGCAGGCACUAGCAAAUUGCAGCAAACAGUUCCAGCUGAUGCAUCUCCUGAUUCUAAGUGUCCUAUAUGCUUGGAUAGAUUUGAUAAUGUGUCUUACUUAGAUCGCUGUUUACAUAAGUUCUGUUUUCGCUGUGUACAGGAGUGGUCAAAAAACAAAGCUGAAUGUCCACUGUGUAAACAGCCCUUUGAUUCUAUUUUCCAUUCUGUGAGGGCAGAAGAUGACUUCAAGGAGUAUGUCCUAAGGCCUUCACACAAUGGUUCCUUUGCUACUCCUGAUGUUCGGAGAUUCCGCUACCGUACAACUAUGACAAGGGAACGAAGUGCUUCUGUUUAUUCACCUAGUCGUCCCUUGAAUAGAAGAACAACAACUCCACCAGAUAGUGGAGUACUAUUUGAAGGGUUAGGCCUUUCAGCAAGAUCCAGAGAUGGUGAAAUUUCUCCAUUCAUGAGACAGAUUGCAGUGAGGAGGCCAACAACUGCAGACGAAAGAUCUUUGCGGAAAAUUCAAGAACAGGAUAUUAUUAAUUUUAGGCGAACUCUUUAUCGUGCUGGUGCUCGAGUUAGAAAUAUUGAAGAUGGUGGUCGCUACAGGGAUAUUUCAGCUGAAUUUUUCCGUAGAAAUCCAGCUUGCCUUCACAGAUUAGUCCCCUGGUUAAAACGUGAACUCACAGUUCUCUUUGGAGCUCAUGGAUCUUUGGUGAAUAUCGUCCAGCACAUCAUCAUGAGCAAUGUUACUCGUUAUGACUUGGAGAGUCAGGCAUUUGUGUCUGAUUUAAGGCCAUUUUUACUUAAUCGGACUGAGCAUUUUAUACAUGAAUUUAUCAGUUUUGCUCGAUCUCCUUUUAAUAUGGCAGCUUUUGACCAGCAUGCAAAUUAUGAUUGCCCUGCUCCUUCAUAUGAAGAAGGUAGCCAUUCUGAUUCUUCAGUCAUAACAAUAUCUCCAGAUGAAGCUGAGACCCAAGAGCUAGAUAUUAAUGUAGCCACUGUUAGUCAAGCACCAUGGGAUGAUGAAACUCCAGGGCCAUCGUAUUCAAGCUCAGAGCAGGUGCAGGCUUCCAUGUCUUCCCUUUUAAAUACUUCUGAUAGCUCAGAUGAAGAGCUUGUAACAGGAAGAGCCACAUCUCAGAUACAAGGAGUACAAAGCAAUGAAGACCUAAAUAAUGACAGUGAUUCUUCUUCAGAUAAUUGUGUUAUUGUUGGGUUUGUUAAGCCACUAGCUGAGAGGACCCCAGAACUUGUUGAACUGUCCUCUGAUUCUGAGGAAUUAGGCUCUUAUGAGAAAAUGGAGACGGUGAAGACACAAGAACAAGAACAGUCUUACAGUUCUGGUGAUAGUGAUGUUAGCAGAUGUUCAUCUCCAAGGUCUGUCCUUGGAAAGGAUGAACAAAUAAAUAAAGGUCAUUGUGAUUCUGGUACAAGAAUCAAAUCAAAGAAAGAAGAGAAACACUCUACAUCAUUGUCCUCUCCCAGAGACCUGAGCUCAUCCAUCAGAGGAGACAGAGUAUAUUCCCCAUAUGCCCACAGACACAGAAGGAGGGGAAGAUCGAGAAGUUCAGAUUCACGCUCCCAGAGUAGGAGUGGGCAUGAUCAGAAGAAUCGUAGAAAGCAUCAUGGGAAGAAAAGAAUGAAAAGCAAACGAUCCAGAAGCAGGGAGAGUAGCAGACCUAGAGGUAGAAGAGACAAAAAGAGGUCAAGAACUAGAGAUAGCAGUUGGUCUAGAAGAAGCCAGACUCUGUCUCUAAGUAGUGAAAGCACAAGCAGAUCAAGAUCUCGUAGCAGUGAUCAUGGUAAAAGAAGAUCACGGAGCAGAAAUAGAGAUCGUUACUAUUUAAGAAAUAAUUACGGAAGCAGAUAUAAGUGGGAGUAUACUUACUAUAGUAGAAACAAGGACAGGGAUGGCUACGAAUCAUCUUACAGGAGGAGGACUCUGUCCAGAGCUCAUUAUUCCAGACAAUCUUCAAGUCCAGAGUUUAGAAUUAAUUCAUCCUUUUCUGAAAGAACAAAUGCUAGGAAAAAAAAUAAUCACAGUGAAAGGAAAUACUACUACUAUGAAAGGCAUAGAUCAAGGAGCCUGUCUAGUACUCGAUCAAGGACUGCAUCUACAGGGCCUGACCGGACGAGAAAUGAAAAGCCUGGCGGGAAGCGAAAAUACAAAACGCGGCAUUUGGAAGGUGCUAACGAAAUGGCUCAGCCAUCUCGUGAAUUUGCUUCUAAAGUAAAGGAAAGUCAUUACCAAAAAUCUUCAUCAAAAUUGGAUGCAAGCUACAAAAAUGAGAGUGACAGCUUUUCAGACAGCCGAUCAUCAGACAGAGAGACAAAACACAAGAGGAGAAGGAGAAGGACCCGGAGCCUAAGUGUAGAGAUAGUUUAUGAAGGGAAAGCUACCGAUACAGCUAGACAUCAUAAAAAGAAAAAGAAGAAACAUAAGAAGAAGCAUAAGAAACACCAUGGCGAUAAUGCUUCACAUUCCCCAGUUGUGAUUACCAUUGAUAGCGACAGUGAUAAGGAUUCUGAAGUAAAGGAGGAUGUAGAAUGUGACCCUAGUGGUCCUCAAGACCCUCUGCAAAGUGAAUUUUUGGCUUCUUCCUUGGAAUCAUUUGAAACUAAAGAUGUAGUUACAAUAGAAGAUGAAUUUGGUGUCCUGAGCAAGGAGUGUGAUUUCACCACACUUAGUAACAACUUGAAUAAUGCCAACAAAACUGUAGAUAAUAUUCCACCCCAGGCAGCUUCAGUUGAACAAACUCUUGAUGUGAGAGAAGAGAGCACCUUUGCCUCUCAUUUGGAGAACCAGUCCAGUAAUGGCUCGAUUCAGACUGAGCUGUCAAGGCAGCUGCCGUCGCCACGGACAUCAUUAAUGUCAGUGUCUCUUGGUAGAGACCAUGAUAUGUCUUAAAACUGCCAAAGCAUCUCAUUGAGAAUCCUGAUGGUAUAAAAAGAGGAAAAGACAAGCAAAAAACAAUGUCAUCUACUGCAGUCUAUUUAAAGAUGACUUUUGGUAAAAACUCUUUUCUCCUUUAAAAAUAUUUUAAGUGGUUUUUUUUGGUCUGUGUGUGUAUGUUAAAAAUUUGUAAAAACCAUUAUUUGUUCAAAAGUAUGUAUGUCCCACCCUCAGAGAUAUGCACUUUUAAGUGAAGAAAAUGAUAUUGCUAGCAGUUUAUUUAAAACUUGGGAUCCUUUUUAAAUAAAAAAAUAUAAAUUUUAGAAGUUAUUUCAUAAAGCCAUAUGGUAUUGACAUAUUUUUAAAGUAGUUGAUGAGUAUUUUUGAAUUUUUUUUUUGAGAGUUAUUCUGGAAAUGUGUUAUAAACUAGGAGAAUCCCUUUGGACAGUCUUUAUUUUUCUUCUUAAGAAUUUAUAUGAUUCAAAACCAUUUCUUCAGGUUAAAUUGAGGCAUUUUAAUCUACACGGUUUAUCUUGACACCUGCCAAAAGAAAAAUUUAAAUAUUUCCUUUAUAUACUUGUUUAUCUGGACUGCCAGUAAAGCAAAUGUGUAUUCAACAAAAGAAAUAAAACAGUUAACACUUUAAAACAAUCCAGAAAUUUUCUUAUGCAGUAUUGUUUUUUAAAUCAAAUUAUUUUAGUAGAGCUAAAAUCUUGUAAAUAGUUAAGGAUAUACUUGUGUUAUAAAUACUGAGUUUUAGCUGAACUGCAUUUAACCUCACAGUUUUAGUGAUUAUUUUAGUUCUUUAAUGGUUAUGAAGAGUAUCUUAUUUGCUCUCUGUCUUCAGCAAAAUGCAGUUAUGUAGCAUUUAGCUUACUAAAAACAAAAACCCUUGCCA